UCCAAACGCACAGGGCGCCAAUUUAUCAGAUGCAGGAUUUGUGCUCCUGACAAUAAAGGAUCAGCUUCUUGCCAACGAUUCAAGGGCUGCCUACUUCCUCCAAGAAUUCGUCAGUCGACCAAUCAACGGCGUCGAUUUGUUACUCAAAAUCGUUGUGCCCGCUGCCUGGAGAACAAUUCUCGAACAACCCUCCGGCCUAGAAGUUAUUUUAUAUUCCGUUAAUAGCCCGCAGCUCGACUCGAAAUGUUAUGCAUUGGAGAUCGUGCUGCUCCUCCUGGAUCAACCCCAGGGUUUUAUCGUGCUCUUUCGGGCGCUGUCUGUGAUUUCAGCGCGUACGAGGGACUACGUCAGGCUACAGAUUUUUGUCAGCCAGCUGAAGCAUGGAUUACAUACGCAGAAGCUGCAUAUACAGAUCCUAGUCUGCCGCCUCUUCAACAAGCUCCUCUCCCGGUCCCCAACCCCGAAUCACCGGAUGUUGGCUCAAAUUGAGGCUACCCUGGCCCAGUUCUCGGCCGAAUACGUUGAAAAGCUCGUGUUGGAAGUGACAAGCCCACUUGGCGGGAUGGAUACCUUGAUGGAGGAGUUGGCACUGUGGAGAUCGCAGCUCAUCCCGAUUUCUCUCACACCAACUCGAUUUGCACACCAGGAUACCUUGACGAGCGCGAACUCGACGAGUAUUUAUGGCUACAACUACUCCGAGACAGAGUCCGAUACCUCCAGAUCAGACCGAGGGAAGAGGAGAAGUGUCUUCCAAGCUAAUAAAUUCCCGAGCCAAGCAGCCGUCGCCAAAAACGUAGAAAGAGCCAGACAAAAGCGACAAGGCCCCGGAUCAGGAGGUCGAGCUGCCAACGGUCCGACCGUUGACCAUCAACGCUUCUACCCCAAUCGAUCAGCCCUGACAUUAAAUAAUCGGGAUUGGGAAAGUAGGGAUGAUGAAUAUGGAGAUUACCACACGACCACUCGACCGGAACGAGUGAUUUCACCGGGAUGGAAGCCGGAGGCAACAACACUCUCCGUGGCCUCAAACGAGUGGAUCCACUCGCUUCUGAAUACCACCCAAUCGAGAACCAGGAUAGCCAGGGACGAGCGGAUUAUUGAUAUCCAGAGGCCGGGAUCGGCAGCCGCGCAUACAAGGAGCUUACAGAGGCCCUUCUCCCCGCAACGAGCCCGUUUCGCGGACCCUCCCACUAUAGACACCACGCAUGAGACGACACAACCACACGCUGGAUUUUCGUACUUAUUCCCGUCGCAGCCAGUGGUGUCCCAGGUCCCGAAGCGAGGCACGACACCGGAGCCAUAUUCAAAUCAAAUGAGUCCGAUAAACGGAACGUUACGCCCACCUUCCUCGGCCUAUUCUGGGACUACAAUGAGUCCGAAACCGUCCGAGACUCCAAAGUACAUCACCGAGAUGAGGGACGGCCAAGUGGUCUACAUCCCGAUAACACUGGAGAAUGAGCGGAGACCGUUGAGCAGAUUCAGCCGAGAGCCCGACUACGACACUUCGACCGGUGGCUCCCGUUCCCGUAUGCGCAGCCCAUCGCUUGGCGGUGAAGAUGUCCGAGAUGCUCUGUCCCAAUUUGACUACCUAAAUGACUAUGAUGCGGCGAGCCUCCGAGGUAAAACAACAGCCACCUACCAUUUC